CUUGAAUAUCACAGGUGGUAGAUGUUUGGGGAUUUACCUUGUGCCCUUCACAACAAGACUGAAAUUUCUGAGGAGAGGGUUGUCCUUCCACAGGGAGAUGAAAAGGGGACAAUGUGUUGAUUCCUGUGAAGGCAAGCAGGUGAUGCUCUCAGGCUGUCAUGAUGAAGACAGAACGAUACUCCACUGUCCCCAACAAAGACACACAUGUUGACAUUAUCAACAUCAAAGGCAUCGAAGACAUUGGCUACAUGCAGCAGGACAUUAUUCUGCUAAAUUCUCUGACUCCAGAUGACAGCUCGCGCUGUCGUUCCGGUCUGUAUUUCCUUGAUGGAGAGCGGCGCGUGGAUUACGUCCUCACCUACCAGAUUAAAAAGCCAGGUAGCUCGCGCCGCCACUCGUCCCGGUUCACCGACAACGCGCUCACACGCAGCCUGCGUCGGGCACGCGACCCUGAACCAGGCGUCACCGACCACCAUGACGACGACAAGCGGUUCCGGCGCGAGGAGUUCGAGACCAACCUGCGCGAGAUGGGGCUCGAGUUGGAGAGGGACGAGGACACUAAAACCCCUGGUGUGGGCUUUGUGAAGAUUCAUGCUCCGUGGCACGUUCUUUGCCGAGAGGCGGAGUUCAUGAAGCUCAAGAUGCCAACAAAAAAAGUGUAUGAGGUGAAGAAAAGUGGAAGCUUCAUGGAGAAAAUCAACACGUUCAUUUAUAAAGUGACGGAUCCUCUGCACCCGAACGUGGAAGAGAACCGGAUAGAGAAAGUGAAGCGCCUCUCAUACCCGUUCUCCAGAGAGAAACAGCACCUGUUUGAUAUGUUGGACAGGGAUUCGUUUUUUGACAGCAAGACAAGAAGUUCAAUAGUAUUUGAGGUUUUGAAAAGGACAAAAUGCACAAAGUCGAAGUUCAGUAUGGGAAUAACAAGUCUAUUGGGCAGCGGUGCAUAUCUGGCUGCAUAUCCACUGCACGAUGGUGAUAUAGAUGGAGAAAAUGCACAACCAAAUGACAGGAAACUGCUGUAUGAGGAAUGGGCAAGUUACAGUGUUUUUUAUAAAUAUCAACCCAUUGGCCUGAUCAGAAAGUACUUUGGGGAAAAGAUUGGUCUGUACUUUGCCUGGCUGGGAGUUUACACUCAAAUGCUGAUUCCUGCAUCUCUGGUGGGAGUGUUUGUGUUUCUCUAUGGCUGUGUUACCGUCGAUGACGACAUCCCCAGUAUGGAGAUCUGUGAUGGCAGGAGAAACAUCACCAUGUGUCCUCUAUGUGAUGGAGUUUGUGGUUUCUGGAAUCUGAGCACAGCGUGUGGAACAGCGAGAGCUAGUCACCUGUUUGACAAUCCAGCUACUGUCUUCUUCUCCAUCUUCAUGGCCCUGUGGGCGGCAUUCUUCAUGGAGCAUUGGAAGCGGAGGCAGAUGCGUUUGAACUAUGAAUGGGACCUGACAGGAUUUGAGGAGGAGGAGGAAGCACAGAAGGAUCACCCGAGAGCCGAGUAUGAGUUCAGAGUUGUGCAGAAAUCCCUCAAGAAAGAACAGAACAAGUCCAAAAAGACAGAGAAAGAGAAGCUGACGUGUAAAGACAGGUGUCCUGCUUAUAUGACAAAUAUAGUGAUGAUGCUUUUAAUGAUUGGCGUGACAUUUGCUAUCGUCUUUGGUGUGAUUUUGUACCGGAUUUCCACCACAUGGGCACUGCACAUGAGCUCAAACCCAACAACACGCUCCAAUGUCCGUCUCACUGUUAAAGCCACAGCAGCCAUCAUCAAUCUAGUGGUCAUCCUCAUCCUGGAUGAGGUGUAUGGUGCCGUAGCACACUGGCUAACGACACUCGAGGUGCCAAAAACUGACAAGAGCUUUGAGGAACGACUGAUCUUCAAAACGUUCAUCCUAAAGUUUUUUAAUGCAUUUACUCCAAUUAUAUACAUCGCCUUCUUCAGAGGGAGGCUUGUUGGUCGUCCUGGCAGCUACAUUUAUGUCUUUCAGUCCUACCGCAUGGAGGAGUGUGCGCAUGGUGGUUGUCUGAUGGAGCUCUGCAUUCAGCUUAGUAUUACCAUGUUGGGAAAACAACUAAUACAAAACAACCUGUUUGAGAUCGGCAUUCCUAAACUGAAGAAGCUGAUUCGCUACAUUAAGUCAAAACGCAGUGCGUUUCAGGAGGAGGAGCGAGAAAAAAUUCUGCAGCGAUAUGAGACCGACUUUUUCCUUGAACCAUUUUCAGGCCUCACGCCAGAGUACAUGGAGAUGAUUAUCCAGUUUGGUUUCGUGACGCUGUUUGUGGCAUCAUUUCCAUUGGCACCACUUUUUGCUCUGCUCAACAACAUUAUUGAAAUACGUCUUGAUGCUAAAAAGUUUGUAGCAGAGCUCCGGAGGCCCGUGGCAGCGCGAGCAAAAGACAUUGGUAUCUGGUACAACAUUCUCCGAGGUGUGGCAAAAAUUGCAGUUAUUGUCAAUGCCUUUGUCAUCUCCUUCACCUCUGACUUCAUCCCCCGCUUGGUGUAUCAGUACAUGUACAGUACUGAUGGCUCCAUGCACGGCUUCGUUAAUCACACGCUCUCACACUUUAACGUCAGUCACUUCCAGAAUGACACAGGGCCUGUCGACUCGCUCUAUGCCGGCUUUCAGGUGGAAAUCUGCAGGUAUAAAGACUACAGAGAACCUCCAUGGUCGUUGACUCCGUAUCAGGUCUCUAAAGAAUUUUGGGUUGUUUUAGCUGCCAGACUCGCCUUCGUCAUCGUCUUUCAGAACGUGGUGAUGCUGAUGAGCGACAUUGUGGACUGGAUCAUACCAGACAUCCCUAAAGACAUCAGCAUUCAGAUCCAUAAAGAAAAGAUCCUGAUGGUGGAUCUGUUCAUGAAGGAGGAGAAGGGGAAGAACCUGACCACUGGAGAUGACAAAUCUAAUGAAAACAAUUUGAAACACAGUCCCGUCCUUCACCCAAGACCGCUAACACACACUCAGAGCAACUGUUACUAGGGUGUGUGUGUGUGUGUGUCUCUUUAUCAUGACAUUCCACAAAUUACACAUUAAACUUUCGUUGAUCUUUGGAGGAUUUUGUUGUUUAUAAAUAACUAAAUUACAUUAAUGAAUGGAAUAUCCAAGCAACUAAAUCACAUUUAAUCAAAAGAACUAUGUGGCUUUCCUGUUAAUUAGAGAAAUUAAUUGAUAAUUGGUAAUAACUUUUUUUUUUUGCCACAAGACAGAGACGUUAAUUUUUGUUUAAAAGUGCCCUUGUCCAUUUCCCCUUGGUUGAAGCCACUUGUUGGUCAUCUAAAGGGUCAUUGAGGGUUUUUGAUUAGGGUUCAAGGUGACAGUUUAGGAGCUGUACCACAGAAACAUCCUUAUAAUUCAAUCAUUUAUCAUCAGUCAGCUUUAUCCUGAGCAGGGUUUUGGUUCGAUAUGGGAAGAAAUUGAUCUUGAGACUAAAAUUAAAAGUUGAGAAAGGAAAUUAUAGAAGUAUAUCAUGUUCUAAUAUAGGAAUCAGAACCUCUCAUUCUUUGUAAACAACCACUAAGGUUGACAUAAACCUCAUUUAAGUUACAUUUGCUUUUAUUUUGCAGAUAUGACAACAAAAGGUUGUCAUGGUUACUAAAGAGAUAAGAGUUCAGGGAUGUUUCUGGAUGUUCCUGUCGUACAGCUCAAACUUAUCCCCCAAAGGAGUGAACAUAAGCAAUAAAAUAGUUCUUAUUUCACACGAUGCUACUCUACUCGGCUAGUGAGUUAGCCAUGUCAGCAAGGGCAAGUUGAAUACGUAAAAACAAGGUGGGUUAUAUGGAAGACCAAUACUCUUGGACUAAGAUACAACUUUCAGACACUAUUUUAAAACAGAAUCAUUAAAAAUUGAAAUAUUUAUGUCAAUCUUAUCAAAACAAAAUCCUCACUCCAGGUUGAAUUCAAGCCAGACAGUCCGUCACCACUGUGGACCAUGAAACUCAUUUCUCUGUUUAUUUCUAUAUAAUCAGAGAUUUUUCUAUUUAACCACACAGCUGUUCAUAUCUGCUUCAUAAACACAUGGGAGCUUUUAAUGUUGAGAUUUUUAAUUUAAUGGAGCUUCUGCUUGGCAACUUCACACAGGUUUAUUUUCUGUUUAUCGACUUUUAAUUGGAUGCUUUUCUCAGAGGAAUUUUAUUUACUAAACUGAAUGGACUGAACACAAACACAGCAACAAAUAAAAGUGAGGCGUGUUGAAUGUUUAGCUAAUAUAAUGAUCCAGAUGUGUAAUAAGUGGCAGCUGCAUGAGUUUCAAAUCAGAAACCGUGUUUAUUUUAAUACAUUUUUUCUAUAACAGAAUCUGAGACAGUAUACAAACAGCUGUUUCUUAUACAACAUGGAUCGUAUAUUCAGCUGAGAAUAAAAUGUCCACAAUGUCCCUUCAUCCAAACCAGAGAGACAAGUUUAUUGUUUGAAAAUUGCUUUUUAACUUUUACAGUGGGACAACAUUGUAUGAGAAUUGUGGAAAUCACACUUGUUUCAUAUAAAAAAACAACUCUGUAUUAAGUUAAAGAUGUACUUAUAUAUUCUACUAGACACUUCUAAAGUACAAAUCCACCAGUGUGGAUUUUGGCAACUAUUGUGGAUUUGUUUUAGGUCUAAAGCAUUUUAUUAUAAUUAUAAUUGUAUUCAAAAAGGUUGCUAAUUAUAGUUGAGUGUGACAUCAUGUUUUGCAACAACAAACAUUACUGUUAGCAUACAUAGUUUGUCGUGUAAUUGCCCUUACAAAAUGAUUACAGCAAAAUUGUUCGAGGUUUGUCCAAAUUAUUGUUUCUGAAAUCUUUGUCUUUGUAUUUGUGUGGAAUAAUUAUUCAUUAUUUAUUAAUAUCAUUGUUGCUGUUAUGGAAAGAAGGUUUUUAAGAAAAUCAUUAUUUUUUUUGUUUGUUUUUUGCUUUAAUUAUCAACACUUAACUUAGACAUUUGGCCAAACCUUGAAGGGACACUGUGGAUCUUCCAGUAGAUCUUUUAUGUUGUUAUCUUCACCCCUGUGCAAUUCAGUAAACUUACUUUUCAUCCACUUCAGCAAACUGCCUCAGGAGCUCCAGUAAGGAUCAGUAAGGAGUUAUUAUAAAGUUUAUUAUUAUUUCUUUUCUUUUCAAUCUUUUUUUAAGAAGUUUUAUGUUUACAUUUAUUUGUCUAUACUGGAUAUGAAGUAAUAAUAACAACAUUUAUUGCUCUGUUUGCCUUAUCUGAAAACUCAGUGUAUGUUAGGGCUCUUUUAUAGUACAGUACAUUUCAUAACAUCAUACUGCAAUGUAUUGAGAAUUAAUCUUGUAAUUAUAGAAAUCUAUUCUAGACAUACAAUAGAAGCAUUUGUAGAAAAAUAAAUAA